AUGCAAUCCAUUAAAAAAUCCUUGAAAUCUUUAGCUUCUUAUAACAAAAAAUCUUCCAGAAACUUGCCGGAUUCCGACGACCGUGAACACAUCCCUAUCCUUCUUCCUCAACAGCGUCGGCGCAGUGAGGAUUUUUCUAUGGCCGGAGACGUCGUCGUUAAGAUCGACGACGGUGGUGAGCCUGAGAACAAGAUUUGGAGAGAGUCCAGCUAUGAUUUCUGGAAUGAUACGGGAGACAAUGGUGAGGAGAGUUUUGAUUUUAGGAAUAAAGGUCAGCAGCAGCAACCGGAGGAUCCUCCGUCGCAGCUGAUUGGUAAGUUUCUUCAUAAGCAGAAGGUUUCCGGCGAGAUGUCGCUUGAUAUGGAUUUGGAAAUGGAGGAGUUACAGAAUGAGGAGGAUAGAGAUAGAGACGGAAAGUUGACGCCCGUGGAAGAGUCUCCGACGGUGAUACAACGGGAACUCAAGGUUUCGUUUGAGGAGCCUGCUUCUGCUUUUAGUAAUGCGGUGGAAACACCGGCAUCAGCGCCAACGCCAGCACCAGCACCGGCACCGGCUUUUAAUAAUGUUAUUGAAGCGACGAAUGAUCCUGUUCGGAGGAGACAUAGUAAGGAUUCGCCGUCUAUGGGUGAUUCUUCUAGACCUCCGUUUCCGCCGCAUCAUGACCCGCGUCGUUCGCGUUCACCGGCGGAUGGAGGUGAUGGCGAGGUUUUGACGUGUACCUCUAAUGCUUCUUUUGAGAGGAACCUUUCCAUGCAGAGAAAAUCUGCUUUGUUGAAAACCAAAACUAAGUCUAGAUUAAUGGACCCGCCCGAUGAACAACCUGAUAGAAGAUCCGGUCGGGUUGCUAAAUCGGGUCAACUUUUGUCCGGAUUUCUUGGGAAGAAAGGUGAUGAUGAAGAGGAUGAUCCGUUUUUGGAAGAAGAUUUUCCGGAUGAGUAUAAGAAAACACAAUUUAGUUUUUGGAUUCUUCUUGAAUGGUUGAGCUUGAUUUUGAUCAUUGGCGCAUUAAUAACAACUAUGAGUGUUCCUUUAUUGAGGGAUAAGAAUUUGUGGGAGCUUAAGUUGUGGAAAUGGGAAGUUAUGAUUCUUAUUCUAAUUUGUGAGAGUUCAAAGAGAGACAAAAGCACGUACUUCGAUAGGAUUCAAGAGUCCCUAUUUAAUCAAUUCGUGAUUGAAACACUCUCGGGGCCACCUUUGGUGGAAAUUCGAAGGGCCGAAGAGGAAGAGGAAAGACUUGCUGACGAGGUUCAGAAGCUGCAAAAUGCCGGUGCAAACAUACCGGCUGAUCUUAGAGCUACUGCGUUUCCUUCAAACAGAAGUGGAAGGUUGAGGAGUGGACUGCUGCAGAAAAGUCCCCUCAAAAGUGGAAAGUUUUCUAUGCCACUUUCUAAGAAGUCUGAUGACGGUGGGAUUGGAAAUGGUGGUGGAAUAACUAUCGAUCAUUUGCAUAAGUUGAAUCCAAAUAAUGUGUCUGCUUGGAAUAUGAAGAGGUUAAUGAAUAUGGUUCGCCACGGAGUACUUACUACAUUGGAUGAACAGAUACUUGAUUCCACUCCCGACGAUGAGCAUGCCACUCAAAUCAGAAGUGAAAAUGAGGCUAAAGCAGCUGCUAAGAAAAUCUUUCAGAAUGUUGCUAGGCGCGGCUGCAGGUUUAUAUACCCCGAGGACUUGAUUCGUUUUAUGCGAGAAGAUGAAACAGUAAAAACCUUAAAUCUCUUUGAAGGAGCGUCUGAUUCAGGAAAAAUCAGCAAAUCCGCUUUGAAGAACUGGGUGGUGAAUGCGUUCAGGGAGAGGAGAGCCCUUGCUCUGACAUUGAAUGACACCAAAACGGCAGUGAACAAACUUCACCGAAUGCUCAAUUUUUUAGUUGCCAUUGUCAUAUUGGUUAUUUGGCUCUUGAUAUUGGAAAUUGCCACCACCAAAUUUCUUCUUUUUGUCAGCUCACAGCUUGUCUUGGUUGCAUUUAUAUUCGGUAACACCUGCAAGACCGUCUUUGAAGCAAUCAUAUUUUUAUUUGUAAUGCAUCCAUUUGACGUGGGAGAUAGAUGUGAAAUUGAUACGGUUCAGAUGGUUGUAGAAGAAAUGAACAUAUUGACUACGGUAUUUUUAAGAUACGAUAAUCUAAAGAUAACGAUCCCUAAUAGUGUCCUUGCUACUAAGGCUAUACAAAAUUUCUACCGUAGUCCUGACAUGGGAGAUGCUAUUGAAUUCUGUAUCCAUGUAGCUACUCCGCUUGAAAAGAUUUCGCUUAUGAAACAUAGAAUACAUAGUUACGUUGAUAAUAAGAAAGAACACUGGUAUCCUUCGCCUUUUAUAGUCUUGAAGGAUCAUGAUCAACUGAACAUGGUGAAAGUGGCGAUCUGGCCAACUCAUAGGAUGAACUUCCAAGACAUGGGAGAAAGAUUUAUUCGAAGAUCUAUCCUGAUUGAAGAGUUGAUGAAGAUUUUCAGAGAUCUCGACAUUCAAUACCGUCUCAUGCCUCUCGACAUCAACGUUAGAGCUAUGCCUACUUCUUCUGAUCGUGUUCCAGCUAGUUGGUCAACAUUCACAAAUUGA